AUGGUACGUAAAGGUGAGUUACAGGGGUGUCUGAAUGCCUUGGCUAUUCGACCUUCGUUCUUUGAAGAAAUUUUAAACUCACAGGAUAAAGAUCCGAAACUUUUGAAGUUAAAGGAACAGACACGAGAAGGAAAAGCGGAGGGAUUCUUUGAUGAUAUCUUUAUGGAUUUUGUUGUGGUUUUACCCCGGACAAAGGCAGGAAAUGAUGCAUUAUGGGUCAUAGUGGAUCGUUUGACUAAGUCAACCCGUUUCAUCCCUAUGAACUGUUGUUGGAAGAUGGAACAAUUAGCUCGAGCUUACAUUAAAUAUGUCGUGCGAUUUCAUGGUGUGCCCCGUACUAUUGUGUCCGAUAGAGAUACACGGUAUUUGUCACUAUUCUGGCAAACCUUGCAACUGGCAAUGGGUACUACGUUGCUUUAUAGUACAUCAUUCCAUCCGCAGACGGAUGGGCAAACAGAGCGGAAAUAUCAGAUAUUAGAGGAUAUGUUGCGUGCUAUUGCCAUGGAAUGGCAAGGGUCGUGGAACGAACACUUGGAUCUGAUGACUGAAAAGGUGAAGUUGAUAAGGGAUCGUUUGAAAGCGGCACAAGAACGUCAAAAGUCUUACGCUGAUUUGAAGCGACGAGCAGAAGAGUUCACCAUGGGAGAACAGGUGGCUUAUCGGUUAGCCCUUCCAAACUCCUUGGAAAAGGUACAUGACGUAUUUCAUGUGUCGCAGCUUAAGCGAUAUCAUGCCGCAGCCUCUCAUUUCUUAGAUCCCGAACCAUUAGAUUUGGAUACAUCCUUGUCUUACUCUGAGAAACCGAUUAGAAUCUUGGACACGAAGUUCCGUAGUACACGACGGAAGGAUAUAUCUAUGGUAAAGGUCUUGGAAUUGACGCGUUCCGAACGCAAUGCAAAGUCAGAUUUUUCAUUUGAAUUUUCUAAUCUAUCGGAAAUGACCCUUAAAGUUUCUGGUCAGAACUUGAAAUUUGGAACCUCUGGGAAUUGGAUGUAA